AAAGAGAGAGAGAAGGAGGGAAAGAAAUACUCACCCAAUCAGGAGCGCUCUGAAAACUUGUGAGAGAAGCUUGUUUUUUCUUCUGUUUUAAGGAUACAGUUUGUUUGUCUCAUACCGUUUUGAUCCAUUUUGUGGCCCCGGGUGAUGCUGGUGGAGCGCACAGCGGGAGGCGCAUUGUUUGUAUGCAAACUGGACGACAUGGCCAUUGUAUGCGUUUGGGCAUAUAUGGAGGCACCGAUGGCUCGGAGGAUACAGCCCGUCUGAAGUCUCAGGAGUGGAGAGCUGCCCCUCUCGGCUGUGUUGUGCGCGUUUCUCUCCUCCGACUUUCUCUCUCUUAUUAACCGCUCUGGUCCGUCGCUAUGAGUUGCCUGGAUGUGAUGUACCACCAAAGCUAUGGAGCGCACUAUCUCCCUGCAGCGGCGUACAAGGCGACGUACUAUAACCACCAUCACCAGCAACAACAGAGAAGGCUGAGCGUUUACAGUAAGAUGCAGGAGUGCAUGGAGCAGCAGCAGCAGCAGCAGCAGCAGCAAGGAAGAGGGAUGCUUUCUAGGGACCAGGGCCUCCGGCAGGGACCUGCGACACCAGGGGCCGAAUCAGACCGGAGAUCCACAUCCGAUUCAGAGCUGAAGGACAGUCCUCAACCAGCAGAGGCAGAGUACUUGAGCUCCCGGUGUGUUUUGUUCACCUACUUCCAAGGGGACAUCGGCGAUGUGGUAGAUGAGCACUUCUCCCGGGCUCUCAGUCAGUCCAGCACCUUCAACAGCGAGACCAAACCGAUCAGAGUGACUCAGCCAUCAGCCUCAGCCACCGCUGGCUUAUGGAAAGAUGGCGGGUCUCUUUCUGAGGGUCAGAGCAACUCAGUGUGGAACAGCACCUAUCCAUCCCAGACCAGUCCUUGCCUCCCAUCUGUCUCUGUCUCAGUCCACCCAGACUUCUCUUCCAGCCCUGUUUCCUUCAACCACCCGGAUGGAGCUCUGUGGGCCGACCACGUGCUCUCCCAGGCCAGCCUCCCGCCUCCGGCUACCCUCCCCGAUACCUGGACCUACAGCCUGAGCCCCCAGAGCACAAGUGGAUACCCCAAUGUCCACAAUGUCUACCAUCCUCACCCCCACCCACACAUCCACACCCGGCACCACCACCCCAUGCUCCAUUCAUACCCGACCCACAGCCCGACAUUGGAUCCCAGGUUCAAUCCUCUGCUGCUGCCCGGUGUUAGAAACCAGAACCAGCCAACUGCCAGCACGGGGAGUUCCCCACACAGCGAGGGGGUGAAGACGGAGAUGGAGCACAGCAGGAACAGCCCUGUUGCGGCUACCUCUGUCACCUGGACCCCCUCCGCCCUCCAUGGAUCCUUGGAGGUGUAUGACUCAGCUCUUGAUCAGACCAAAGCAAAGACAUCAGUUUGGUUCUAACUGAUGCCAUAAUAAUCAUUUCACACCAAAAAGGACGUACUAUGUGGCUCAAUCAAUGUAUGGCUGCAACACCAGCACUGUAAUGUAUAAUGUAGAUAGAAGGCUUACUGUAGCUCAGACUAUGAGUCCUGCACUGUCCACACAACGUAUUAUGGAUAUGAACUCAGGCUUUUGGAUUUAAAUGACAGUGAUCUAACGCUUUGGCUGCCGGCCAAGGCCCUUGAAGAAUGAUUCAAACAGACUACUAGCUUUAAAGGAUGGGAGGCCUCUUCUUCUCUGUCGGCACAAACACCAUUUCUUUUUCAUGCAAUGUGAGACCAAGCGGUUCUGUUUCAAGAGCUUGAUUUUGAUCCACAUUUUGUUUUGUACAGUAAUGUUUGUUUAAGACUGUAAAUGGUUUUUUUUUUGUACAGUUUUGCCAUGCUAAGUUGUUGUUUGCUGGAUGACCUCUGCUAAAAUGUUUGCCUGAAUGCUACUUUACUAUUUUGCCUCUGCGGGUUGUGUAGUGUAAAGUUUAAAUAUUGAUAUUGUAUGUUUAAGUAAUAAAUUGCUGAACUAUA